GUAUCGCAUUGCUUGAUCAGAAGAACAUUUUUGGGGUAUCCCCUAACUAAAGCAUGUUCUGGUCUGGUCCAGCAGACUAAAGAGGUUUGUUUGAGGUUCCGCAGACCACAAAGUUCUACAACAGCUGCUGAUGCAUCUGGAGAGGACAUCUUACUCAAGUGGGGCCUUUUCCUGGUUCCUGUGACCACGUUCUGUCUUGGCACUUGGCAGGUUCAGCGACGAAAAUGGAAAUUAGAUUUGAUUGCACAACUGGCAUCAAGAAUUACAUCAGAACCCGUCCCUCUGACAUUAGACCCCAUGGAAUUGAAGGAACUGGAGUACAGACCUGUAAAGGUCCGAGGGCGUUUUGACCACUCCAAGGAGCUCUAUAUUUUGCCACGGUCACUUGUGGACCCUGAGCGAGAAGCCAGAGAAGCUGGACGGCUGACCUCCCACCCAGAAAAUGGAGCAAAUGUCAUUACUCCUUUCUACUGCACAGAACUAGGGGUCACAAUUUUAGUCAACCGAGGAUUUGUGCCCAAAAAGAAAUUGAAACCGGAGACCAGGCUGAAGGGACAGAUUGAAGAUGAAAUUGAUCUCACUGGGGUGGUGAGGUUAACAGAAACCCGGAAACCUUUUGUACCUGAAAACAACAUUGAGAAAAACCGCUGGCACUACCGUGACCUGGAGGCUAUGGCGAAGGUGACAGGCGCUGAGCCCAUCUUCAUCGAUGCCGACUUCAGAAGCACAGUCCCAGGGGGGCCCAUCGGAGGCCAGACAAGAGUGAGCCUGAGAAAUGAGCACAUGCAGUACAUCAUCACCUGGUAUGGCUUAUGUGCUGCAACUUCAUUCUUGUGGUACCGAAAAUUUAUACUGAAGAUACCUCUGUGAGAGGAAGGGCUGACGACUUCUCCUCUGUACUACAGUCAAGA